AUGACUCCAGAUGCUAAAAGAGUUGUUGGUGGAGGGGAAAGAGAAGAUAGGAUCAGUAAACUGCCAGGAAAUGUUAUGAAUCGUAUCGUAGAGCUUCUUCCUGUUGAAGACGCAGCAAAAACCAGUAUUUUAUCCAAAAAAUGGAGAUACAUUUGGGCCAGGCUUCCAAAUCUGUGGUUGAACAGGGCCUUUUGGAUAUAUUGCACAACUCAACAAAUUUUCAGAGAAAGAGUAAAUACAAUUCUCUUACAACAUCUUGGAGAUAUUGAGAAGUUUCAUCUUGUAGAAUCAGUACGUUCGUCUUUAUAUGCACAUACUGAUAGAUGGUUGGUUUAUGUCACUAGAAAAGGUGUCAAGGAGUUAUGCCUUUACAUGCCAGAUAAUCGCACUUAUAAAGUGCCGUCCUGUGUACUUAAUUGUCCAACCCUGACAAAUUUGGAACUCUUCAAGUGUUUGUUCAAACCACCAAAAUCCUUUGUUGCUUUCCAUCAUCUAAUAAACCUUCGUCUGCAAAGGAUAACCUUUGUACCAACCACUGAGUUUUAUGUUAUCGAUUGCCCCCUUCUAGUCAAUUUAGCCUUGGUGGACUGUCGUGGCACUCAAUACCUGAACAUUAUUGUCUCAUCACAAUUGGAACACUUGGUUGUACAUGGGUGUCCCUAUCUCGAUCUAAAUCCCUUUAUGAACUGCAAAGGAUUGAGAAAGUUACAACUUGAAAUAGACAAAGUACUGGAUUGCAAUCCAAAUCCAAAACAGGAUGAAAGAUCAACUUUGGAAAAGCUUCUGUUAAGCGUCGCAACUACACUUGAGUUUCUCCAUAUGGGUUUAAGUUGCCUUGAGCUUUUGACGGCUGACACAAUUUCUAAGUGCAGUCCUUUUGCGAGCUUGCAAAAGCUGUCAUUAGGAAUAGACUUGAGUAAACUGCAUCAGACUACUUGCUCUCUACAGUUGAUUAAGAGUUGCCCCAAUUUGAGCAUACUUCAGAUUUCGGUAUGUGCUUCUGGCGACAAUGCUGAAGCGGUUUUGAAAUACCUUGACAGACCGAUUACUUGCUUGGACCUACGACUCAACAACCUCAAGUAUGUCGUGAUCAAUUGUUAUGAGUGCUCAAAGACUGAAUUGUUUUUUACAAAGCUAUUGUUUGCUUGCGUUCCAUCUUUGGAAAGGAUGUACAUUGAGCAGAAAAAAGCCAUUGAUUCCAGAGAGGAGAGCAAAAUCAUCAAAAAGUUGAUGUGUUUCCUCAGAGCUUCUCCUUCCAUUUUCCGGAUUAGGAAAUUAAGAACCACAACGUACACGUCAUAUAUAAUGGAAUAA